AUGUCCGUUAACACGCUGGUUAAUGACAUCUGCGAGUUGACCUUGGCUACAGCCCUGCCCUUGAACGGAGUGACCAUGAAGGCUGUCGCCCUCCCGUCACAAGGCCAGGAUUAUGCAGAACGUCUCUUGAAUCUUACAGCUGGAACGACAGUGAGCGUGAGCGGCUGGGGAACCUUGUCCGCAGGGGGAAGCUCUCCGACCAUCCUUCAAGUCGUGGAUGUCUACACCUACACCGACAGCAAUUGCAACUCCCUCCUCGGUGGUGGCGUGACCUCUGACAUGAUCUGCGCUGGUGUCGAUGAGGGUGGAAAGGAUUCCUGCCAGGGAGAUUCUGGAGGUCCCCUGUUCCUCACUGGAGGCAACCAACACCUCGUCGGGAUCGUGUCCUGGGGAUACGGCUGUGCUCGACCUCGCCAACCAGGAGUCUAUGCUCAGACAUCCACUCACAUCAACUGGUUGAGUUGAAGGCUUUUCAUGAAGCUUUCACUCUGAUCUACAAUCGAGCUGUUUAAUAAAACAGUUCUGGAGGAAA